AUGAAGAACUUUGUAUUUUCCAUAGUACACAUUGCGGGCCUAUUUAUUCUGUACUUGAGUUUGCAAAGCGGUCUGUACAAUUGCAAGAACACAGGUAAAACAGGAAGUAAUGCGCAGCGUAGUAGCACAAAUCCCUCUGUUAAUGAUAAUAGCCUUUCGACUGAAUGGAGUGAAAAAGGUUACAAUUUCAUGGAUCUAGUAAAAAAUGGCUACUUAAAAAAUAAGGGAGAUUUAGAUGAAGUGAAGGAUUACUUAGCUGAUGAGUUGGCUGGCAAAAUAAAGGAUAAAUUAAAUGACAUUAUAAAAGACGAAAAAAUUUUUUAUGAUUUAGAAAAUAUAGACGAUGAAGACAUAAACGACUUUAAGAAUUACUUGAAGGACAUGUCCGAAUAUAUUGGCUUGAAGGCUGCCGAUAUAUUAAACAGUAGCUUGGAGGAUUCCCUGGAGCCCUUUUUGUCCAAAAGCUCCUUCGCCAGUUUAAAAGAGGCCAUGGGCAAUAGCAGCUCUUUUGACAUAAAAUUUGACGACGAGGAUGGAGAGGCAAAGGAGGGAGAUUCCAAUGAUGAAAAUACCAAUAACGAAAAUGCAAAUGACCAAGAUGUCGAUGAAGCAACCGAAGAUUUCAUUAACGAGAUGGUAGACUCAUAUGAAGACAAGCACCACAAGGAAUUGGAACAGUAUGCGCAAGAAAUAAAAACUCAUAAUGGCCUAGAUUAA